GUGGAGACGCGGGCCGAGCAGCUCAGUCCGCAUCGGAACAGGCCUCCGUGGCGCUAACCCUCGCCUUGACCCUCGACCCAUCCCGCCCAGGCGGGCGAGCGCUGGUUACCCAGGCCCAGGCCGCCUCGCGCGGCUCGGUGUCAAACCGCCCAUAGUAAUUCUGACAGUUGAAUCAUUUCAAGUGGAAAACUUUAAAGAAGUGGUACCCUGUGGUUCCAGCCUUGCGAUUGGGUUCCUUGGUCUAAGCCAAGUCAGAACUAGGAAACUGGUAGUUUCUGGAUAACUAGUGGCCUUAGAUUCCAGGCAGUUCUUGAAAUCAUGAAUCCCGUUUAUAGCCCUGGAUCUUCUGGGGUUCCCUAUGCAAAUGCCAAAGGAAUUGGUUAUCCAGCUGGUUUCCCCAUGGGCUAUGCAGCCGCAGCUCCUGCCUAUUCUCCUAACAUGUACCCUGGAGCGAAUCCUACCUUCCAAACAGGGGAAAUAUCUGGAGGUGGAGUUGCUGGGUGCUGUGGUUACACUCCUGGCACACCUUACAAAGUGUCCUGUUCCCCCACCAGCGGGGCCGUGCCGCCAUACUCUUCUUCCCCCAACCCCUACCAGACUGCCGUGUACCCCGUGCGAAGUGCCUAUCCCCAGCAGAGCCCUUACGCACAGCAAGGCACGUACUAUACACAGCCACUGUAUGCAGCACCUCCUCACGUCAUCCAUCACACCACGGUGGUGCAGCCCAAUGGCAUGCCGGCAACAGUGUACCCUGCUCCCAUCCCUCCUCCUAGAGGCAAUGGGGUCACCAUGGGCAUGGUUGCUGGGACCACGAUGGCCAUGUCAGCAGGUACCCUUCUGACUGCCCAUUCCCCAACUCCUGUUGCCCCUCACCCAGUCACUGUGCCCACGUAUCGGGCUCCAGGAACACCCACCUACAGCUAUGUGCCCCCUCAGUGGUGAUCACCCUGCAAAUAAAUGUUUGCGGAUGGAGCUGUGCAGUCACAUCAUUGAGGUUCCACAGCUGGUGCUGCAGGCCUUGUGCCUCCAACCAGGACUUUCUUCUUAAUGCUCUCACACUUAGCUAAAUACGACUGUCCCGGCCCAGCAGGUCCCAGUGCCGUUAGUCUCCAGCUAACUCCGUGGGUUGGUCUUAAAGCAAAUCCUGUUUUGUGGACUUGCCUGGCAAUUUUUUAGCUAACUGUAAUGAUAAAAAGGGAGUAUUAAUCUAUUCUGAAUCAUAUCUAGUUGAAUGCAUGUUUAAAAAAACAAACACAAAAACAAAGCUUGCUCAAUCUACCUGCAGUGACUGAUGCAAAACCAUCUUAUGCAAAACCCAAAGGAAUGGAAACAUAUUUUACAACUGUUUCACUAAUGCACUGUUGUAUACAAAGUCUUAAAGUUAUAAGUGUUAAAGUGAAUAUGUUCAUAGAGCAUACCUGAAAUACCUUAGAUGAUUCUUCAACCUUUUGGGGUUGAUGUAGGUUGCCACUUCUGGAUCUGGACUUUAGUUUUCAGCGAUCUGUUUCUUUGGCACUGACUGCAUGGGAGGGAGCUGCAGGGAUGGGGAGAGAGUGGGUGGGCCACUGUGAUUUGGGAUCAGCCAAUUAGUGGGCAUCCCUUUCUUUCUGUGUAGGCUUGGCAGGGUCCAGGGAAAGGGGACAUGCUUAAAGACCAUCAUGGAAGAUUAGAGUUGUGUGGUCAGUAUAGUUAGGGGCAAAGGGGUUUUCUACAUAUCAGCAAAACAAUUUUCCUUGCCAUCUAAAUUUCCAUUACACUGUCUGUUCUCUUACAGAGAAGGAAGAUUUUUUGUAUAUCUUUAUUGAAAAAGUCCUGAGUAGAACUAAAUUGUCUUCCUAGGAUGGAAGAUAUGUGAAACACUUGGAUGAGGUAUUGCCUUCUGGUUUAUUUAGCUUAGAAAAUCAUUCCAGUCGCCCCCUUCCCCAGAAAUGUUUGAAGUCAGUUGAAAACUUACAGGCAUUGGUCCCCACACCCUGCUCCCAAGGAAUGGCAAAGACUUCAGCUGUAUGUUAUAGAGAAAGUUGUAUAUUUAAGAAUGAUUUAAAGGGAACAAAACUUUAUUUAAAAUUCCUCAUGUUUCUUGUAGAGAGGCAAGGCUGUGGGUAUGUCUGAUAAUGUAGAAUCAUGUAGCUUGUCUUGGAGUAGUCCACCUGAUUGUGACCAGCCGGAGGAGAUUUAUAGGGUUGGUGUCCGUGGUCUGUGAGCCUCUUCUGCCAUCUCAUCUCUUCUUUGAGCUAAAGGCACUCAGCACCAAGUGAGUGUGGAUGGCAGAAAGGGCCUGGUAGCAGUGGAAUGAUUUGCCUGCCAGGAUCUAUUAUGGGAAGAUUUUUAGUUUAAAAUCUGAAUAUUGUACAUAAGAAAUCAUGAGGACUCUCCCCCCCCCCCAUGCCCAACUUCCAUCAAUAGGAGUGCAUGUCUGUUUUCAGUGAGGGUCAGAAGGGUGGAGGUAUGAAGACUUGUUCUUUUUCAGGGGUCUGUCAGGCAGAGAUGGAAGUUCAUUCUUUUCCCACCCCAUCCUUGUUUGGAAUGCUGUGGACUUUGAUUGAGAGAGGAUUCUGUGCUGCUUCUCAGGCAGCUAGGUCAGGGCUCUGGCACUCUGGUGGAGGUCACUGUUAGCGGUCAGCCUGGCUGGUAGGUGGAAUACCUGACCACUGAGCCUUUGGUAAUCUUAUUUUUUAUAGUGAGUACUCUUCAUUUUCUUUUUCCACAUUUAUUUUGUAAGAAGUUUAGGAAUAUUUUUGCAUGGAUCAUUGUAAACAGAAGAUUCCUUAUUCCUAAUGUCUAUUAACAUAGAAUGUUUACUGAUAAGUACUUUAAAUCGCUUUGUGAGCACUUAA